AACCUGAGACCGAGAGAGAGAGAGAGAGAGAGAGAGAGAGAGAGAGAGACGAUGGAUGCUCUGAAGGCCUCGUAUAGAGGCAGCUCGUCGGAUGAAGAAGACGACAUAGUCUCAACUGCACCGUCAGACUUGUCGCCGCCGCCGCCGCCUCCGUCUCUGCCACCGCCGCCUCUCUCGCUUCUCGAUUUUCCCAAUUCCAUCUCCGCGUUACAUGACUUACCAAUCGCUCAGCCCACUAGAUUUCGGAGCUUCCCUCAUGUUGAAGGAAACUAUGCCCUACACGUCUAUAUUCCAGUUUAUAUACCAACUACAUCAAAGAAGGAGGUGGUCCUGUUUUUGAAGAAAGUCUCCUCACUUGUGCCCUCUCUCCAUCUUGUUGAUAUUGACGUUCCUUUGACCUCUUUAUGCAAAGAUGAGCACAAGCUUGAGCAAGCCUUGGCCAGAGAAUUUCACAUAAGUUUAUCAAGAACAGUGCCAAUCCGAGUGCACCAGAUUGACUCAAUAGUGUCAAUGCUUCGUCAGAAGCUUCAGUGUCAAAGGCGUUAUUGGAUUGAUUUUAGCAAGUGGGAGACUUUUGUUAAUGAUGACCUCUCUCGGACCUUCCUGUCAAUGGAAAUUAUCGCUGGAGGGCUAAUGGAGAUAAGAAAACAGAUUCAAGUUGUUAAUGAGGUUUAUAAGUUCCACAAUCUUCCUGAAUUUUACAAGGAAGAGAGGCCACAUAUAUCCUUAGCCUGGGCAUUAGGUGACCUUAGUAAAUUAUUGAGUCGUGUAGUUGACGACAAAAUGAAGAGGUCCUCCAUGGCACCAUCAAAGAGAUGUAUUUUCACCACUAAAUUCAGUGGCAUUGAAUGUAAGAUUGGUAAAAAAACGUAUAAAAUAUGUAAAUCUCCAGAUGAAUAAGAGGAACAUGAUAAAUUUGUACGAGUAUUAUAUUGCUUUCUUGGUAUACCCAUGAAAUUAUUUCUAGUUAUUUGGGUCUUUUCAAAACCUCAUUAACAUACCAAGAAAGUAAAACAACUUUCUUUCUGUUCUGCAGAGGUUUCUCUUUUAUAGUCUUCCAUGAUAUUUAAUUGUGAAGCUUUGUUUCUAUGAUUUUUAGGGUGUACAUUCUUGGCACCAUUGAUAUAAAAGAGCUCCGGAAUCAUGUUAGGAAAUGGAGGGAACACUGGGAGUUUGCGAGUAGAUAAUCUUCUAAAAGGUGUGAAUUGCUUUGUUUUUUUGCCUAGGUACAACACCAAUAAAUGUGCAUUUGAUGCACAUAAAGUAGCUACCCCUCCAUUUCCUACCAAAUCUUGAAAUCCAUUUAACCAAUAUUUUGUUCGGAUUCAUUGAAGAAAUUAUUAUUUAAAAAGUGCUUGAAAAUACCCCACACCACUUCUCGUGGUAGGAAAAAGAGAAUGUUACAUGCAAAGAAUUUCUCAGAGAACUUUUACCAACAUCUAUUGGGAAGUAUUGGCUUCCUAGCUAAUAGUGCAUAUAGCUAUAGCUACAUGUUUUAAGUCCCUUAUUUCGAUGACUCUCACCUCCUUAAAGCCCCUUGUUAGGUUUAAUGCCUCUAUUUGGGCUUUGGGCGUCGAUUUAUAAGGAGUUUUGUUCUUACUUUUUAGGUCUUAUUUUUUUGAAUUUGUGUCC